GUCAGUAGAGUAAGUUUCUAAUUCACCAAAAAAAUGGCUGAAAAACUUCGCGAUGGAAUCGGACGAGAACUUCGAUACAUGGAAUACAAAUUCCGCAAGAAGAGAUCGGACCAACAUAAAGAUAAAAAGAAGACAAAACAAAACCAGUAUGGCAAGAACUACCCAUCAAUGGAGCAAUUCAGUAGCAGUAACUUAUCCCCAGACAUGGCAGAAGCUGUUCCUUCUAAUACAGGGGAAGAGGAUCUACAGUUGCAGGUGGCGUUAGCCAUGAGUAAAGAAGAAGCAUCGGAACAAAACAGAGAGGAACAGAGCGACAAAAUACGUCUCGAGCUCGCUUUAAAGGAAAGUGCGCAAGUGGCGGAUGCAACAGUUGCAAAGAUGCAGUCCAAGCCUGCAGUUAAUGGAACUGCUGACCCUUGGGGACAACCACCACAACCACAGAGUAAUGUUGGUUUAUUUGGAGCUCCAGCUUCGAAAGGGUUUGAAUCUAACGCAUGGGAAGCCCCCUCAGUGAAUGGAAACAGCAGUUUAUUCGACGCACCACCACAACCUACUGCUCCAGCUGCAAACACAUGGGGAGGUACAAGCACUGGGAUAUUACCUCCUCCACAGAAAAGCCCCGUUCGACAGAGCAUGCCAUGGGGGGUCACUGCACCCGCCCCUCAAGUUACCCAACCCUCUCAACCCCCAGUUGACCCCUGGGGUUCAUCAGCCCCACUUACAACACCCCAAGCCAACCCAUGGGACUCCAAGCCACCCCCACCCACACAGCCGGACCCGUGGGCAAAUAUAUCAACCCCAGCACCAGCCCCCGCCUCCAAACCUGAGUUGGACCCAUGGGGUUCCUCUGCCCCCCAAACUGCACCAAAUCCCUGGGAUUCCACCCCUAACCCACCAACAACCACCAGCAAUGCUUUUCAACCCCCAACUUCAUCGUUCGACCCCCCACAGUCCAACCCCCUUGAAGAUUUCUCGACUCUCAACGUACAAGAGCCGUCAGCCAAACCCCUCACGGCUUCUGACUUGCUGACGAUUGGCAUCAUGACACCACAAGCCCCUGGCAUGAAGCCACAGACCACAGAUGUCAAUGACAACCAAGUUAAUGGUGACACGGCAGCGGCAGGUAACUUCCUCGGCACCAAGGCUUCCCUAAUCAACAUGGAUAACCUGGUUACCAAGUCGCCAACCACCAACCCAUAUAUGAUGUCCACACCGACCUCCGGAUCUUUUGGUGCGGCUCGUAACCCAUUCAACCAGAAAGGGCCUUCAUUAAGUUUGAACCAAUUGAAAGUAGAAAAAGGUUCAGAGUUCGGUGUAGGAGCCGCCCCUGCCCCCAAAGCCAUCAACCCAACCCCAUUCAGCCUCCCAGCAACAGGAUACCCCAUGGCCCCCGCAACACAACAGUCAACAUAUGGUGUUCCAGGAAUGAUGCCAACACCAAACCCAUAUAUGCAACAAGCAGCCAUGGCAAACUACCAACAGCAACCAAAUCAAUCUCUUUUCUGAGGUUUCUAAGGUUUGUUGCUUCUAGGAUAAUGGUGGGCAGGCCGGCAGGCUAUGGUACAUUUACAAUAUUUUGAUCAACCAGAAUAUAAACAAUUCUUAUUUCAGCUUCACAUUUAAAACAUUGUUAAUUUGGCUUGCAUGUUCAAUUGGGUAAUAUGUAGUCUGUACCAAAAUAUUUGUUCAUCUUUGUUCUUGAAACUUGCAAAGUGAUUUCAUUUGCUUAAAACUUUGUUUAUAAUCGUUAUUUAUUUUCCUGUGCGGAUGUUUUGUUAGCUUAGGCGCCAAACCUGGGGUGGCAGGGUGGGCAGGCCUACCCUGAAAUUUUCUUCACUGCAUUAAUCAGUAAACAUUAGAACCAAUAAGUUAAUAAAUUUUACAGUGUAGUGUGUCUAACUAUCCCUGCCUCCAGUUUGGGUUCAUGUUUGUUAUAGUUUCACUUUAUUGGCUUGUCCCGCCAAACAUUCCAGCACUUAGAGCUGUAACUGCAAUUCUCUUAGAAAACUUUGUAAAUUUUGAAUGUAACUUAAUCAAGUACCUUUAAAUGCAUGAGACUUCAUGUAAAAUCAACCUAAAGCAAAAUGCGGGUUUUUGAAUUGACUGCCUUUGUGUUUUGAAUUCCCUUUAUAUGGUAUUAUAGUUUGUAUAUAUUUAAUGAUUACAUCGCAUAUGCUGCUUAUUAUAUCAUUGUGAAUCAGUUACCUGCAUUGUUCUAAAUAGUGCCUUGCUUAAGCAACAAAAAUUAGUGGCAAAAAUACUGAAAUAGCAACGACCAUGUUUAUAAUUAUGUUUAAAUCACAAAUAUGUGUUCAUUUUUUCCAACCUGUCCUUUAAAUGCGGACAUAGUGGAAGGGCUUGGGGCUGGGGUUCCCCUUCCCCCUUUAAAUUUCUCUCAAAUCAAUCACAAAAUCGGCAAAUUACUAAAAUUCAGAUCAAUUUAUAUUAAGUGGUUGUCCCUUGGUAACUUUGGAUAUUCUGUAUCUAAUAACCAGUUAGAUACAUCAGUUGUUGACAGGCACAUAACAUUGUGGUUCAGUUAAGGGUCAUACACUCAAGUAGCAAUCCAGAUGUUUAAACUUCCAAAAUCAAAUCUUCAUAUUUGCACCAUGUAAAAAUCACUUCAAUAUCUUGUAGGUUUUAUUCUACAUAUUCCCCCAAUGUAUCUUUGCCAUGUAUAUUACUAUUGGUUCGUAACCGUAUUUAAAAGUACAUUGACAUACUGUUGUUCAUAUUUCUCCUCUCUUGUACAAAACCUCUCAUUUUGUAAAGGAUUUUCAUGAUGUAGUUAUCGUUAGUGUAGCGAACAUGGAAUUUUUCCAAUAUUAUUCUUAUUCUACCAUACUGCGCAUUUGUGUGUCGGGUGUAUGUAAUUAGAGCAAGAAUACAAUCAAACAAAACUAGAAA